UAAGCUGAUCCUUGUUUUUCCUCAACUAUGCCUGAGCCCUCAAAAUCCGCUCCCGCGCCCAAGAAGGGGUCGAAGAAGGCGGUGACCAAGGCGCAGAAGAAGGACGGCAAGAAGCGCAAGCGCAGCCGCAAGGAGAGCUACUCGGUGUACGUGUACAAGGUGCUGAAGCAGGUGCACCCGGACACCGGCAUCUCGUCCAAGGCCAUGGGCAUCAUGAACUCGUUCGUGAACGACAUCUUCGAGCGCAUCGCGGGCGAGGCGUCGCGCCUGGCGCACUACAACAAGCGCUCGACCAUCACGUCUCGGGAGAUCCAGACGGCCGUGCGCCUGCUGCUGCCCGGGGAGCUGGCCAAGCACGCCGUGUCCGAGGGCACCAAGGCCGUCACCAAGUACACCAGCUCUAAGUGAGUGCGUCCUCAGAAAACGACCGAUCAGUCUCAGCCCACACCCCAAAGGCUCUUUUCAGAGCCAUUCCAUUUUCCU